AAUCACCGAGGGAAAGAGAAAAUAAAAUCAACGAGGGGCAUAAGAAUCUGUUGCAUGUUUAAUGCAGGAUUUUUGUUUUGUGUAUUUGUUUUUUUUUUUAAAAUCUAAAAUCACUAAAUAUUUUCUCUGUAAGUAAUUUACCUUCCGGAUAUGCCCUUAUCUUCUCCAUCUCUUGUUGAAUUGGGACUUUUCUAGAUUAUAUAACCUCUGAUUUGUGAUUCUUCUAGGUGAAAUUCCUUUGAUUUUGCAGUCAAGACUUCUCGGUGGUGUGGAUCUUGUUUCUCAUUUGUGGAUCUAAUCGUUUUCUGGUAAUAAUUGCUUCCUUGAACCAAUUGGGGAUCAAGUAGUUGGUUUGUUUAAAAGCUGGGGGAAGUUGAUGGUGUUUUGAGCUCCUUUUAUUUCACUGGGAAUUCCAGACUCUUGGAUCAAGAACAUAGCAACUUUCUUUUCUCCUGAAUAUACCUGGGAUAGUGUGUUAGUUUCUUUGGAGCUGGGCUGUUGCAAGAUACCAGGGGAGUUUUGGACGCAAUGCUGCACUUGUCACUUCAGAUCUGCAUUUAGUCACAUUGUGAGGUUGAUGAGCCUGAGACAGACAACUUUGAUGCUGGAUUGAUUCCUUUCGGCAUGGAGUGAACGAUUCAGAGAAAAUAUUUUAUGCUGUCUUUGUUUCAUGGUUCUAAUGGGGACAGAGCUAAUGAGAGCUUGCAUUAAAGAUGAGAAUGAUGAAUUUCCAUCAGUUCCACCUGGCUUUGAGUCAAUUACAUCGUUCACCUUGAAGAGGUUACAAGAUAGUGAGAAACAAGAUAUGGAAAACGCGGAUGCUUGUUUGGCCUCCGCAAAUGCUUCUCAAUCAAUGCCCAUUAAGAUGGAAGCAGAGGUUGGUGUCAGUGAUGCUACAAAGCCUAAAAGGUGUCUCCGGCUUAGACCUUCGAUAAACUAUGGGCGGUAUGAUAACAGUUCAGGAGAUGAAUCUGAUGCUGAGCAGCUUGAUCAAAAUUUCUCUUCAAAGCCUUGUCUUCCAAAAGGGGUCAUCCGAGGAUGUCCAGAGUGUAGUAAUUGCCAAAAGGUUACUGCAAGAUGGCGCCCAGAAGAUGCUUCUCAACCAGACCUUGAGGGUGCUCCCAUUUUCCACCCAACCGAAGAGGAGUUUGAAGAUACUUUGAAUUAUAUAGCAAGUAUACGCCCAAUAGCUGAACCAUAUGGAGUCUGUCGCAUUGUUCCUCCCUCGUCCUGGAAACCUCCCUGUCCUCUUCAGGAGAACAAUAUGUGGGAGACUGCUAAAUUUGCUACACGAGUCCAGAGGAUCGACAAACUUCAGAAUCGAGAUUCAAUGAGGAAGAGGUUAAAAGUUCAUAAUGGUAUGAAGAGAAAAAGGAGAAGAUGUGUGCGCAUGGGUGCAGAUUGUGUGACUAGUAGUGGAGGACUUGCUGAUGCUGGAUUUUAUGAGGCUGAAACGUUUGGGUUUGAACCUGGUCCAGAGUUUACUCUGGAAACUUUUAAGAAAUAUGCAGAUGACUUCAAGGCCCAAUACUUUAGUAAGACUGAACAUGCCAGUAAUAUUGGUUGUAAUCUGGAUAUGCUUAAAGAACAGUGGGAACCAUCCAUUGACAAUAUUGAAGGUGAAUAUUGGCGGAUGGUACAGAAACCUUCUGAAGAAAUUGAGGUACUGUAUGGGGCUGAUCUCGAAACUGGGGUUUUUGGCAGCGGUUUUCCCAAGAUGUCCAGUCAAGUUAAAUCUGCUUCAGACGAAAAGUAUAUAAAAUCAGGCUGGAACCUGAAUAACUUUCCAAGGCUUCCUGGAUCUGUCCUCUCUUAUGAGGGCAGUGAUAUAUCUGGUGUUCUGGUGCCAUGGUUGUAUAUAGGGAUGUGCUUUUCCUCCUUUUGUUGGCAUGUCGAAGAUCACCACUUGUACUCAUUGAAUUACUUGCACUGGGGUGCUCCUAAAAUAUGGUAUGGUGUUCCCGGUACGAAUGCCUGUAAAUUAGAGGAGGCUAUGAGAAAGAAUUUGCCUGACCUUUUUGAAGAACAGCCUGACUUACUUCAUAAGCUGGUCACACAGCUUUCCCCCGCGAUACUGAAAUCUGAAGGGGUACCUGUAUAUAGGUGUAUUCAGAAUCCUGGGGAGUUUGUUUUGACCUUCCCUCGAGCAUAUCAUUCGGGGUUCAACUGUGGCUUCAAUUGUGCUGAGGCAGUUAAUGUAGCUCCAGUUGAUUGGCUGCCCCAUGGGCAGAUUGCUGUAGAGCUAUACCGUGAGCAGGGACGAAAGACUUCCAUUUCCCAUGACAAACUUUUACUUGGGGCAGCAAGGGAAGCAGUUAGAGCACAUUGGGAACUAAAUUUACUGAAGAAAAAUACUUCGGAUAACUUGAGAUGGAAAGGUGUCUGUGGAAAGGAUGGGAUCUUAUCUAAAACACUCAAGACACGAAUUGAGAUGGAAUGUCUGCGAAGGGAAUUUCUCAGCAGUUCUUCACAGACAAUAAAGAUGGAGAACAAUUUUGAUGCCACUUCUGAGAGGGAAUGUAGUGUUUGCCUUUUUGAUUUGCACAUGUCUGCAGCAGGUUGUCGUUGUUCCCCAGAUAAAUAUGCAUGCUUGGAUCAUGCAAAGCAGUUCUGUACAUGUCCUUGGGAUUCCAAAUAUUUUCUCUUUCGCUAUGACAUCAUUGAAUUAAAUAUCCUUAUUGAGGCAUUGGAAGGAAAAUUAAGUGCCAUAUACAGAUGGGCAAGAAUGGAUCUUGGACUUGCUCUGAGUUCUUAUGUGUCCCACGAGAAUAUACUGCCAAUUGGUAAAGAGACCUUGAGGAAAUCAACUGGUAUCAUGGAUGAGAUUUCUCAACUGAAACAGAGGAUAUCAGAAGCUGAAUCGGUUUUGAAGUGUAGAAAUGCAUCAUCGAUAGUUUGUAGUUCUUCUCGUGAAAAUGAGAUGGCAAACCAUAACUCUAAGCUCAAGAAAGAAGGAUUGAUUACUUUGCCUUCCAAUUUAAGAAAUCCUGUUUUGCAGUUGUCUCAAGAAGAUGCAAUAUAUGCUGUAACAACGGCUGCAGAGGAAUCGAGACUGAAGAAGCCUUCAAUCUUGAAACGUGAAAAUGUUAUACUUCUUAGCGAUGAUGAAGGCGAUGAACCUGAGAGGCCAGUUUUAGGAAAAGAAAGGGAAUCUUCUUCAGAGAAGCCUUUAGGGCUUUCUGAGAUGCUGGCAGUUUCUGAUGAUAAAGCAAGCCUAUGUAAUAAUCAUAAAGAUCCUAUCUUGACUACCCCUUCUAAUGACGCAGAAGUGAUGGGGACGUUACCUAAUGGAGAAAGGAAUAGUUUAUCUGAUUCUAUUCGCAUGAAAGAUAGAGAUUAUGGAAGUAGUGAACCCUUUCGAGGAUCAAAUCCACCAAGCAUGUCUUGUCAUGUGAAUUCUAGUGGUGCAGAUUUAGGAAGGAAAACUCAAGACUGCUCAACUAUGAGAGAGACCAGUGAACAUGAUGUGGCAAAUUGUGGGAGUUAUCCUCAGAAUCUACAACCAUAUGGCAGUGGAUUGCCUAACAAUGACAAUAAACAUGAAAAGAUGGGAUUGAAUGCAGCCUCAAAUAUAGUGGAUAAUAUAAGAACUAUUGCCGGAAACCCAUCUUGCACCGUGAACAGUUUGGACAGAUAUUUCCGCCAAAAGGGUCCUCGCAUUGCCAAGGUCGUGCGGAGGAUCAACUGCACUGUUGAACCUCUGGAAUUUGGAGUUGUGUUUUCUGGGAAGUUUUGGUGUAACAGCCAGGCCAUUUUCCCCAAGGGAUUUAGGAGCCGAGUUAAGUACAUAAAUGUAUUAGAUCCAGCAAAUAUGUGUUACUAUGUCUCAGAAGUUCUUGAUGCAGGAAGGGACGGACCUCUCUUUAUGGUUUCAUUGGAGCAAUGUCCAAAAGAGGUGUUUAUUCACAUCUCUGCUUCAAGAUGCUGGGAAAUGGUGAGAGAUAGAGUGAAUCAAGAGAUCACAAAGCAACAUAAACUGGGAAUGGCAGACCUUCCCCCUUUACAGCCACCUGGGAGUCUUGACGGUUUUGAAAUGUUUGGGUUUACUUCACCACAAAUUGUGCAGGCCAUAGAAGCAAUGGAUCGAAGUCGAGUCUGUACCGAGUACUGGGACUCCCGGCCCUACUCCCGGCCUCAGGAACAGAUUCCACAAACUUCUCAAUACAAAGUGUCUGGCAAAACCUUCCAUUCAAUGUCCGAGGAAAAGUAUAAUCAGGUGGCCCCUGGAAAUUCUAGCUUGCCCAGGAGAGUUGAUUCAAUGCUGAGGGGGCUAUUUAAAAAGGCGAGCCAAGAAGAAUUGAACACACUGCAUGGCAUUUUAAGUUAUAAUGACUCAACAGCCGAUCGAGGUUUAGUGACUCAACUUCUCAGUGAAGAGAUUCACAAUCGUCCUAGAUGAUUCAUUAUUUGGUCUGAUGAGGAUUUGAGAGAUCAAAUAUCCUAUGACAGUUUUUUGACUGUAAAUUCGGUUCCUGCUCCCAGGUUGCAGGUAUUUUGUACUCAACCUGAUCGUUCUUUAACCAAGAAGUUAACAUGAAGAAAAGAAAAGAAAAGGAAAAUAAGAAAAA